CACUACUUGAAAUACGAUCACCGUGAAAUUUCGUUUUUUAAAUAAGCGAUCGUAAUGGAAGACCAGUUGUAAAUAGUCUCUAACGUGGCCCAAAAUACAAGGAUAAUGGACAUAUAAGAGACUCUUUAAAUCUUAACUUCAUUCAUUGUAGCUUGAAAGAGGAAGUUCUUAUGGAGGUUUCAAGCCGAGCUAAUUCAACAAUGUAAUGUGUGCCUACUUAUAAAAGCGUCUGCCUAAAAAGUGAACAAAAAUGGACUUUUCUAAGAUUGUUUUCGUAUUGGUGGUGGUUUUAACAGCUAAAUGCAACGCAUGUCCUGGUCGAUGCAUGUGCUGCCUGACCGACAAAUGUGAAACUGACAAAAAAGGCCAGGAUCAGGUGUGUACGGGUGGCUGCAUCGAUGGAUUUUAUCAACCUCGCUGCAUGUGGCCCUGUCCAGGAAACUGUCAGUCUUGUCGCCAAGCCGACGGUUCAUGUCUAUCAUGUAAACCAGGAUUCUACGAACUAUCUAGCGAUUGUUCAAAACCAUGUGAUAACUGCGCAUGUUACCAAAGCGAAUGUGAUACUUGCCUUGAUGGGUUUUACGAUGUUGGCCAAAAUUGCAAUUCGGUUUGUUCAAAAGGUUGCAAUGAAGGGAAAUGCCAUGACGAUGGAAAAUGCGACUGUAUGGACAAUUUUGAAGGUGAUAAAUGUGACGUAUGCGUUCAAGGGAAAUAUGGAGAACUUUGCAGUAAUAAUUGUAACAACAAGAACUGCAGAUGCACAAACGCAACAAAUUGUAUUUCUUGCAAGCCUGGCCAUUUUGACCUCUCUAGUUUUUGUUCGAAACCAUGUUCCGUGGGCUGUGAGGACAUUUGUAACAAUGAUGGCAACUGUACAUGUCAAAUGCAAUUUUCCGGAAGCACCUGUGAGAAUUGUAUACCUGGAUAUUACGGUGACAACUGCGACACUCCAUGUACAAAUGGUUGCAGCAAUGGAACGUGCAACAGAGACGGGACUUGCGACUGUUUACCCAAUUUUACAGGAACAAUGUGCGAAACCUGUGUUGCAGGGAAUCAUGGUAAUUCCUGUGAUAAACCAUGCGGACAAGGUUGUACAGGCAACGUCUGUAACAAAGGCGACGGCACAUGUAAUUGUACUAACAACUUCAAAGGAGCAAUAUGUGAAAUUUGUAAUGACGGUUAUUAUGGUAAUCAUUGCCAUUUAUCUUGCCCGGAUCGCUGUUAUAGUUGCUCUUCAAUUGAAGACUGUUUAACGUGUGAAGAAGGAUUUUAUGGUUUAGACUGCUCAAACAACUGCUCAGUUAAUUGUCUGAUAUCUCGAUGUGAAAAAGGGGAUGGCUUUUGUACGGAUGGUUGUGUGGAUGGAUCAACAGGGGAAACCUGCAAUGACAGAUGUGAAAGCAUUUGUAAAACAUGUUCUCAGACAAAUUCAUCAAACUGCAAGUCGUGUUUCGGUGGAUUUAGCGGACCUGGUUGUAAAUGUUUUCCAAACUGCCAAUGUGAACUAAACAGUGAAGUGUGUAAUGAGUGCAUAAAUGGAUUCGCACUGCAAAGCAAAGAUUGUAAAUGUAACAUUAAGUACUGCAUUGAUAGCUCGUAUUGUACAUCAUGUCAGAAUGACACGUUUUAUACCUAUGAUGGUACGUGCUGUGAAUGUAGUAGUCAUUGCAAGAAUAGAGAAUGUUCUUCAGAGAACCAGUGUUUGAGAGGUUGUGAUGACGGAUAUACUGGUGAUGAUUGCGAAACCUCAUGUACUAGUUUUGAUAGUGAGUGCGAAUCUUGCAACCAAACAGGAAUGUUUUGUUUACACUGCAAAGAAGAAUUCUAUCCAAACAGUGGUAAAUGCAUGCCCUGUAAGGCAAACUGCAAAGGUUGUGCUCAAGACACGGGCAGAUGCAAUGAAUGUACAAUAAAUACUGUCUAUGGACCUUUUUGUAACAUGACAUGUAAUUCCAAUUGCGAAGGAUCUCAAUGUGACAGAACCUCGGGGGAUUGUACUGGAUGCGUUACAAAUAUGUAUGGCACAAAGUGUGACAAAAACUGUCCAGACACGUGUGCAGACAACGGUGAAAAAACGAAAUGCAAUAUUGAAGGUCAUUGCAUUAACAGUUGUAUACUAGGUUAUGAGGGACCGUUUUGUAACAUUGCUGCUGCGCAGGGAGAGAAGGGUGGAGGUCAAGUUUCAGGGGCCGUCAUAGGGGGAGGUGCGGCCGGGGGUGUAAUCGUAGUUGGUGUAGUGGUCGCUGCAAUCGUCCUGCUUCUUCGGAGGUCACAAAACCGUUUUUAUUCGAAAGCACAUACAGCGGUCAAAGAGACAGACAUAAUCUCAACGUACGAAAACGCUUUAAAUAUUUCGACACCAAAUACACACGUUUCCAAGGAGAAACGUCAGAUACAAGCACCUGCCAGACAAAUCAUUAAAGAGAGGCAAAGGAAGACCAUACCGGAACCACAACCGAAAACAGAAGACAACCUAGAAAUAGAUGAGAAUGACACUAUUGCUAGGGAUAUAGCAAUUCAGUUCGAAGAAAAGGGUGGGAUAUAUUACAAUAAUUCGGAAAAGGUUUCAAAAGAUAAAAUCCGCAUCGCUACGUUAACAAAAUAUGUUGAGGAAAAGCAGGAGAAUGAAUAUGUAGAAGAGUUUGAGAAAUUUCCAUAUGGCCUGGGAAAGGCCUUCCACGACUCGCAACUACCGCAGAAUGUGGCAAAGAACAGAUACAAAGGAAUUUAUCCUUAUGAUGAAACGAGAGUGAAAAUUAGAGGCGGAGAAUCCGACUUUAUCAACGCUAGUUAUAUCGAUGGUUAUAAUAAACGAAAUGAAUACAUUGCAACCCUGGGUCCAAUGUCAAAGCAACUGGGAGAUUUCCGUAUUUUCUGGCGAAUGAUUUGGCAAGAAAAAGUUGAAAAAGUUGUCAUGGUAACAAACCUAAUAGAACAAGGAAAUCCGAAAUGUGAGCAGUAUUGGCCGGACCCCGGGACCAGUAAACUGUAUGGAGAAGUGAACGUCAGAAGUGAAAACGAACAGACGUUUUCAGAUUAUACAAGGAGAUCAUUCAUCUUGAUUAAGGGCUCUGAACAAAGAAAACUGCACCAUCUACACUUUACUUGUUGGCCUGACAAAGAUGUUCCUGAGAAUGUCACUUCAAUCAUUGAUUUUAGACAGGCUGUCAUCAAUUCGACAACACAGUUACAUGGUCCAGUCCUUGUUCAUUGCAGCGCUGGUGUCGGAAGGACCGGGACCUACAUUGCACUUGACAUUUUGACCAAUGAGGGAGAGACCGAAGAAGCAAUCGCCAUACAGGGUUGUGUGAUCAACAUGAGGCAAAACAGACCAAACAUGAUUCAGACACUGGGACAAUACAAAUAUCUACACAGAGCAUUGGUUCAUUCAUUGACAAUCGAUUGUCAGACAAUAAAGGGAGACCACCUUCAAGACUUUAUGACUUCUACUAACAAGACGACAAUUGACAGACAAUUUCAGAAGCAAAUGAAUUCAGCUGUUGAACAAAAGUCAGACGAAAACCACCGUGCUGUAGAAAGGAAUAAACUGAAAGAUGGAAAUAGACCUUCUGCAGAUGUUCCUGGUGAUGUAAACAGACCACGACUCUUUCUCUAUUUGAAGCCCGGAGCAUCUGACUACAUUAAUGCUAUUUAUAUUGACAGCUUCACGACGAAAAGGCGAUAUUUAGUGGCACAGACGCCUCUGCCAUCUACGCUGACAGAUUUCUUUACCCUUGUUAUGCAAGAAAACUGUUCCUGCAUUGUUAACCUUGAGCCCGAUUUGGACAACAAUGGGGAUAUCGGGUUGUACUUUCCUGCCGACAACCAAGUACUGAGCAGAGGUUCAUUCACCGUAAUCAGUCAGAAGGAGGUGCAGCCGACGUUCACAAAGAGGACACUGAAGUUUGAGUAUUCAGGAGCUACAGGGACAACCAAGGGACAUUCUGUACCGCACCUGCAAUUUACUGACUGGGACAAAAAGAAGGUCGUGCCACGGUCUGCUAAAACGUUUCUGCGUUUUAUUGAUGAUGUGGAGGAAGUGGCAAACUCGUCUCCUUACGAUGGGCCUAUACUUAUUCACUGUCUGGACGGUGCUAGCAAGAGUGGUCUGUUCUGUGUGAUAUCUUUGCUCAUACAGAGGAUGAACUGUGAAGGUGAGGCCAGUGUUGUGAAUGCAGUUCGAAAGGUUAGGUCUAGGAGAGCAUUGGCCAUUCCCUGCAAGGAGCAAUUUCAAUUCUGCUACGAUUGUCUACUAGAGUACGUAAACACCCAUGACGGGAACACAUACUGCAACAUACAGAGGGUGGGUUUGAGACAGUAAAAUGUUUAGUGUCUUUACGCUCGAUUGACUUUUUUACCCUUUACUGAGAGCAAGAAAUCAGGAGUUCCCGCAUUUGUCAAAACACUGUGGAAACAAUUUGUUUGCCUUAUUUGAACUUUUAUUAACUAUAUUUCUUUAUGUAUAGUUCAUUUAACCAGGACGUUUUUUUUCUAAUUAUCAUUUGUAAGUAUAAUGUACUAACGCUUGAAUAUGUAUAAUCGCCGGCAAUAUACUAAUUGUACUCUCUAGUUAUGUAUUAGAGACUUUUUCAUUGAACUGAACAAUUUUACUACCAAUGUUGAUUGACUUUGUAUGCGCCACUGCUGUAAAUAGUGAUUUUGUUUUGACUGCGAUUGGUGUAUUGUUGAUGUUUUGCAUGUUGUAUAUAUUCUGCACUUAAUAAUCAGAUUUUAGUAUGAAGACGUAAAUUGCAAUUUCAAAAAUGUGUAAUUUGAAGUUGUAAUAUCUUAUGCUUUCGCGUUAGUUUAUAUAGUUUUUUUUGAGGAGAUAAUCUUUUGAUAUUUUACUGUUUCAAACAUUAGAUUUAGACAUAAAUACGAUAAUUAUUAAGCGUUCUCUGACGUCACUCUUUUCCCAUAAUUCUCUGAUAAGUGGCGCUGUUUUUAGCGCUUUCAUUGUUAAGCACUCCUCCGGUCGAGCGGUCAUUGUUAAGAUAUUACAUUUGAAAAAAAUUGAAAAGUGGCGUCUGGUGAUGCGAGAUUUAAGAACGCGGUAGAUGUUGAGGGUUUCAUUUGCGACCCAGGGCAAAAGGGAGAGCUAUUGUCCCGGGAAUUGCUAGAACUUACUCCUAGAGCAAAAUCAACAAAGAAAACGAUCUUGACUUCAACGAUUUGCUGAAAGAGAGGGACAUUUUACGAAGGAAUGUCAAAGAAAAAGGCCCGUGGAGAGAAGAAGCGUCUUUGCACUGUAAUAGAUGCGUUGAAGCAGCUGGCUUCUUAAAGUUUGAUAGUUUUCACUACUCUAAAGAGUAAGUCCGAUAUCAUGUCAAAUUCAAACGUAAGCACACACUGCUGAGUAACAAUUCCACCGACGUCAUUUCUAAAAUUGCCACUUGUGAAAGCUAGUUUUGGGGGCUUAUUCUGUAAAAUACUUUGCGAUCACUUAUCCUCUAUGUACAUGUCAAUAAAUAUAACCUUUU